UCAGUGCUGCCCACCAUCCGGAUCAGACACCAGGAGGUGAACGCCACCGGAGAGGGGGGGCUUUCCACCGUGCUGGCCUGCGACGCAGAUGGAUUCCCUGAGCCUAUAGUCACAUGGGCCAGGAGCUCGGUGUUGCUGGAGGAAGGGGACAAGUACAGCUUCAGCGAGGACGGCGCCGAGAUGACCAUCAGGGACGUGCGCAAGCUGGACGAGGGAGAGUACACUUGCAUCGCCUCCAACAAGGCUGGGAAGAGCGACCAGGAGCUCAGCCUCAGGGUGUUUGUGAAGCCCAAGAUCACCUUCCUGGAGAACCAGACCACCACAGAGAUGGAGGAGCAGAUCGCCCUCACCUGCGACGCCACCGGAGACCCCACCCCCACCAUCACCUGGAGCUUCGGCCAACGCGUCUUCACCGAGGGAGAGCAGAGCUCGGACGGGAACGUGGUGGUGCGGAGCGACGCACGGGUCUCCUCGCUCACGCUGAAGUACGCCCAGUACACGGACGCCGGCCAGUACGUCUGCACCGCACGCAACGCCAUCGGACACGACUCACAGUCCAUGUUCCUGGAAGUCAGAUGUAAGAGUCACACCCUCACACACACACACACACACACACCGGCCAGUAUGUCUGCACCCCGCACGCAACACCAUCUGGCACAACACACAGGCCAUAUACCUAGAAUUUUGAUGGAAGAGUUACGCUCACUCAUACACACUCACACACACACAUACGACGACGUGCCGUCGUCUCCCUCGGUGGAGGUAGUGGAGUCGUACUCCAGCUCAGCGCAGGUGGACUUCCUGGAGCCGGAGGCGUCGGGGGGCGUGGCCAUCCUCAAGUACCGCGCCGAGUGGAGGGUGGAGAACGCGGGCAAAUGGGCACAGCGCGUCUACGAGGCCAAAGACGGUGCGGGCACUAUCACCAUCACGGGUCUGAAGCCAGAGACCCACUACGAGGUCAAGAUGUCCGCCAUCAACGGCAAGGGGGAGGGAGAGAGCAGCAUGCCCACUGUCUUUAAGACUCAGCCUGUCCGUUACUCUUACUCAAAUGGCAUGUUCCAUUUCUUCGGCGAGGGCGCAGCAGAAGGAGAACCCAAUGCCCCUAAGCUGAAGGGCACUCUGCAACCGCAGGGCAACACCUUCAAGGUCACCUGGAUCAAACAGGACGACGGAGGAUCACCCAUCACACACUACCUGCUCAGGUACAAAGCGAAGACCGCUCAGGAGUGGAAGCAAGAGAUGCGUAUGCCCAGUGGGAGUGAGUACGCCACGCUGAGCAGCCUGGACUGGAACACGGAGUACGAGGUGCUGGUGGUGGCGGAGAACAUGCAGGGCAAGUCCCAACCAGGAGCCCUCGCAUUCAAGACUGCAGCGGAGCCCGCCGCUACGCCAGACUCCCUGGGCGAGGGUCCGAACCUGAACACGGGUGUGAUAGUGGGCAUCCUGAUCGUGGUGUUCGUGCUGCUGCUGGUUGCCGUGGAUAUCACCUGCUACUUCCUGAACCGCUGCGGUCUGCUCAUGUGCAUCGCCGUCAACUUCUGCGGCAAGACGGGCCCCAGCAGCAAGGGCAAGGACAUCGAGCAGGGCAAGGCCGCCUUCAUAAAAGACGAGUCUAAUCAGCCCAUCGUAGAGAUGCGGACGGAGGAGGAGACCACAGCCAAUCACGACGCGGGAGGGCACACCGAGCCCAACGAGACCACCCCCCUGACAGGGCCAGAGCAGCAGGCUGACCCUGCGGUGGCCUCUCUGGACCUGCCCGUGUCUGUGGCCACUAACUCAGACACGCUUGACACCACCCAGAACAGCCCCGCCAGCGAGUGUACCACCCUCACCUCCAGCCUCACCGCCCCCGCCUCAGAAACAGCCCCUGCCCCUGCCCCC